CUCCGAGAGAGACGGUACACGGAUAAUCAGUAACCACAGAGGAACUGAGAGAGGACGCAUCGCCUCGCUCGCAGGAAAGUAGCAAAACCAAAAAGUGGUUACCAAAGGGAGACUCAACAGCUACAUUUUCCAAUUUCUGAGUCCAGUGAAGUUCACAGGGGAGCCAUCAUGAAGCUGAAGCUGCCAAACCCAGGACUGGAUGACCGGAUCCCCUCUCACGCGGACCUGGAGAGGAUGGAGAAUGAGGAGGCUGGGGACAGGCCAAAAUGGGACAACAAAGCCCAGUAUCUGCUCACCUGUGUGGGCUUCUGUGUUGGACUUGGCAACGUCUGGAGGUUCCCUUACCUGUGUCAAAGCCAUGGAGGAGGUGCGUUUAUGAUUCCAUUCCUCAUCCUGCUCGUCCUGGAGGGCAUCCCACUGCUGCACCUGGAGUUUGCCAUCGGUCAGCGCCUGAGAAAGGGCAGUGUGGGAGUGUGGAGCUCUAUCAGUCCAUAUUUGACUGGAGUUGGUAUUGCGUCCAUGUUUGUCUCUUUUUUGGUGGGUAUGUACUACAACACCAUCAUGGCCUGGAUCAUGUGGUAUCUCUUCAACUCCUUUCAAGAUCCUCUGCCUUGGAGUCACUGUCCUCUCAAUGCAAACAGGACAGGUCUGGUGGAGGAAUGUGCUCAGAGCAGCACUGUGGACUACUUCUGGUACAGAGAGACCCUAAACACUUCAACAGCUAUUGAUGAUGCCGGCAGCCCACAGUGGUGGAUGGUUCUAGCCCUGGUGGCUGCUUGGACUGUGCUCUAUGUCUGCUGCAUCCGGGGCAUUGAGACCACUGGAAAGGCUGUGUACGUCACCUCCACCCUUCCAUACUUUGUGCUCACCAUCUUCCUCAUCAGAGGACUGACUCUGAAAGGUUCUUUAGAGGGGGUCAAGUUCCUAUUCACACCAGAUGUAAAUGAGUUAAUGAAUCCAACAACCUGGUUGGAUGCAGGCGCUCAAGUUUUCUACUCCUUCUCUUUGGCCUUUGGAGGUCUCAUCUCUUUCUCCAGUUACAACUCCAUUCACAACAACUGCGAGCAGGACGCUGUUCUCAUCUCCAUCAUUAAUGGCUGCACCUCAGUGUACUCCGCGACAGUUAUCUACUCCAUCAUCGGCUUCAGGGCCACGGAAAAAUUUGACGACUGCUCGUCAGACAACAUCUGGAAACUAAUGAAUGCCUUUAACUAUCCUGAAAAUAACAUCACAGAAAACAACUACGAUGAGGUUCUGACGCACCUCAACCAGACAAAUCCAGAUAUCAUUCAAGGAUUGCAAUUACAGACCUGUGACAUGCAGGUUUUCCUGAGUCAGGGUGUGGAGGGAACAGGUCUAGCCUUCAUCGUGUUCACGGAGGCCAUCAUCAAAAUGCCAAUUUCUCCUAUUUGGGCCGUCCUCUUCUUCGUCAUGCUCUUCUGCCUCGGCCUGUCAACUAUGUUUGGGAACAUAGAGGGAGUGGUGGUUCCUUUGCAGGACCUCAAAUUGCUGCCCAAAACUUGGCCCAAAGAAAUUUUAUGUGGUCUGGUUUGCUUAAUCUCCUUAGCUCUUGGGCUCAUCUUUUCCCUGCGCUCUGGAAACUACUGGCUAGCCCUAUUUGACAACUUUGCUGGCUCUAUCCCUCUUCUGGUCAUCGGCUUUUGUGAAAUGUUUGGUGUUAUGUACAUCUAUGGCGUAGAUAGGUUUAACAAGGACAUUGAAUUCAUGAUCGGCCACAAGCCCAAUCUUUUCUGGCAGGUGACAUGGAGGUUUGUCAGCCCACUCAUUAUGGUCUUCAUCUUGAUUUUCUACUUUGUAACCCAAAUCACCAAGAAUCUCACCUAUUUGGUGUGGGACCAGGAGGCGGCGAACUUCCCCACCCUUGAACCACGUCCGUAUCCUUCCUGGAUCUACAUCAUCAUCUUCCUUCUGGCUGGAGUACCCAGUUUAGCCAUCCCAGUGGUCGCCCUCUACAAAUUUAUCCAGAGGAGAUGCUGCAAGCAGAAGGACUACAGUGACAAACAACUGGACACUAUCUCUGCCAAAAUACAAAUGAGUGAAAAAAAGUUUUAGAUGGCUGUUUACAAAAUAUUUUACAACAUAAUGGCUAUGGUCUUGUUUUAUUGUGGUUUGUAUGCAUUAUUCAAGAACAGAAGAGCACACUAGUGACUACUGACUUUUAUCUUAGAAAAGUAGAGGUAAAUUUGAAAAUAUUUUCGUUCUGAAGAAGAGAUUAACUGGUGAUUGUUUUUCAUACGAUUGUGAUAUUAGUUUCUUGCUGUGUCAUAUUUCACAUGUAAGUUAAUGUUGUACAUUAAACGAAUAGUUGGACAUUUUGGGAAAUUAACGAUACCAGUCUUAUGUUUGUGCACUAAAUAUAAAGCCAUAGCCAGCACCGGAUUGGAAAACAGAAAGCCUUGCUAUGUUUAAAAGUAACAAUUUCCCUUUUUCCACUUCUAUUACCAAAAUAAAAUGAUCGCCUGUUUGCUGUAGCUAUUUAUAUUUAGCACAGGUAUGAGAGUGCUAUAAACAUGAUCUAACUCUCUGUUUUAAAAAAAUG